AUGUCUCUGGGAAGAUGCUACGCGGGCCAUUCCCUCCCAGAGAAACUAGACGUGGCCAUGAACUCCGGCUUCACAGGCAUCGAGUUAUUCUAUGAAGACCUACUGGACCUCGCCAAGAAGAUGCCUGGCGGAGCCACUCCGGAGAAUCACAUCUCCUCCGCACAUUUGAUUAGAGGAUAUUGCGACGAUCGAAACCUCGAAAUCAUCUGUCUCCAGCCAUUCAUGCACUAUGAAGGUCUCGUGGAUCGCAACUUGCAUAAUCGGCGUAUAGAAGAGAUGAGACUAUGGUUCAAGAUGGCACAUGUGUUGGGUACCGAACUUAUCAUGCUGCCAAGCAGCAACUUACCACCAGAGCAAAUCACUGAAGACAUGGACUGUAUUAUCCAAGACAUGGUAGAAAUAGCUGAGAUGGGUCUUCAAGAAACGCCAGUCAUUCGGUUUGCAUACGAAGCUCUCUGCUGGGGAACUCGUGUUGAGACCUGGGAAGCUAGCUGGGACGUUGUGUGCAAAGUAAACCGAUCAAACUUUGGCAUCUGCCUAGACACAUUCAACAUUGCAGGCCGCAUAUACGCUGACCCUACAAUGUCAACUGGCCGCAACCCAGGUGCCACUCAGGCCUUAACACAGUCUCUGGAUGGCCUCGUCCAGUCUGUCCCAGCUGAUAGGAUAUUCCUCCUACAGGUAGCUGAUGGAGAGAGACUCGAGCGUCCUUUACUUCAAGAUCAUGAGUUUUACGAUCCAGAACAACCACCUCGUAUGAGCUGGUCUAGAAACGCAAGGCUAUUCUAUGGUGAGCCUCAUUACGGAGGUUACCUACCUAUCCGAGAGAUUCUCCAAGUUCUUGUUUCACGGGUUGGUUUCAAAGGUUGGAUAAGCCUUGAAGUCUUCAACAGGCGUCUUGCAGAUACAGAUCAGUCAGUUCCAGAAGAAAUGGGCAAGAGGGCAAAACAGUCAUGGAACAGCCUCAAGAGAGAUCUCAAUCUGAAUACCUAUAGCCCUAGCUAUACGAGUAAACUUUUCGAUUUAUUACAGUAA